GAACGUCAGUCACUCAAAUUGGGUCGAUCGAGACGGUCGCGUUAGCGCAAGGCGUUUAAAGUUGGAAGUAAAAUUCUUUCUACUGAAAUUCAAGGUGACGCGCGCGUGAGAGCUACUGUUGCACGUACACACAUUGCGAAAUAACAAACAAAUAUAAAACGAAGAAAGAUGUAUCUAAUAGGCGCUGUUUUCGGCGGUUUUGUCGCUCUGCUGCUCUUCCUCGCCUUGAUCAUUGUUGUGCUGCGCUUGCAGUCUCAACUGAUCUUCGGUAUUUAUCCCGCGAAGGGAAUCUUCUAUCAACUGAAAUACGUGAUCGCACUGUUGCUGGUGAAACGUCUACGUCAUCGCGUCUACCACAACAAGGACGAACUGAAAUCGCCCGAAUUUCUUGCAAAAAUCGAUUGCCCACAAACACUUAGCGACAAUCCACAAAGCUACGAUGUCGUAACCUUCAUCGGCGCCAGUGAGCAGGGUGAAAAGAUAUUUAUGAACUUGGAACGUCGCCGGCGUGGUGUGUUGAAGGCUUGCAUUUAUCUUUACCUGCCCGAGCUGGGCUUGUAUUGCACGCCAAAGCUACCAGACAUGCUGUACUUCACAACAGACGGCUCGCAUGAGAAUGAUGAAUUCAAAGGUUGCGGUUUCCAUGUGUAUCCCGAGGAGUCGAUGCGUGCGUGGCGCAUACGUUAUGAAGGUGAGCUGCGCCCUGUUGCUACGGGAGGCAAACUGCUGCCUGUAGAAAUGGAUUUGCAAUUCAUUACGCAAGCGCCAUUUUUCUAUUAUAAUCGUGAUUUGAGCUCUGCCGUCAUUGCGGAUUCGGUUGCACGCGAGGCCUGGAAUGAUGCUUUCUAUAAUUUGUUGAAAAGCGUGCCCGAAAUGGUUGAGAAACGCACACAUUACGAGCAAAGUGGUCAGCUGGCGGGCGAGGUGCAGUUGUCCGGACGCAGUUUUGAGCUACAAUUGAGAGGAUUCCGUGAUCAUAGUUUCGGCACUGAGCGUUGUCUUUCGAACAUCAAUCGUUAUGUUUACGUCGCACUCUUCCUCGCCGACGGCACCAGCAUGAUGGUCGGCAAUCUCAGUCAGCCCGCAUUCUUCCUCUCCUCGCUGAAAGUGGGUUACGUGUGCACGCCAACGGGUGUUUAUGAGCCCAUAACCGGCUGCAAUUUUGAGCUUUACUCUUAUGGCGAGAAGGGAACACCACCGCGACACAAGAAUUUUAUUGUGCAGACGUCGAAGGCAAAGUAUUUCGUGCAAAUUGAGGAGCAACAGUCCACCGUGCGUUAUGUGGGUGCCGAUUGGGCAGCAAAGAUCUAUAACCAGUUUGUUGCUUGCACGGUUAAUGGUGUGAGAGGUCAGGGGAUCACGGAGUAUUUGUAUAAGAAUAAAAACAGUGAACGUCCGGAGGCGGUGAGCGCUACAGAUCCUGAGUGGUUCCGGCGCGUGAAGAGUUUCGAGCGAAGUUUGAGCAAAUGCGAGGAUGAUGAUAGUGAGGUGUUCUUCUUUUGAGCGCAAAAAGCUUGGUGGUGAGGGUUUGUAAAUAAUUUAAGAAAGGACUGAAAAUAUUUUAUACUUAUAUUCAUACAUAUAUGUUGAUGGGCUGUAAUGUUUAUAUCGUUUUAAGUGUGUAGCGUUAUUUAUUGUAUAAAACAUAGAAUAUUGAUUUUUUUAACGAAAUAAAAGAGUUGAAAGUAUUUGAAA